GGCCACGCUUCCCAUUCCGUCUGCCCGAGGACUCAAGGACAGCGGGGGCGAGAAGGGACGCAUGGGGCUGCUCUCGGGCAGCAGGACUCGAGAUCGCUUGCGGGGGAAGCGCGGCAAAGCCCUGGGGAUACCACGCGGCUGGAAGGACCGACGCGCGCGCGGCCGCCGAUGCCUCCAUUGGCCAAAUCCAAUCCCCUGUGGCACGCACUGUCCCGUGGCCCCCGCCCUGAGAGUCCAUAGAGGAGGCCACCCCAGGAUCCCAGAUGAACAACCGGAAGGAAGAUAUGGAAAUCGCGUCCCACUACCGACACCUGCUGCGCGAGCUGAAUGAGCAGAGGCAGCACGGAGUGCUGUGUGACGUGUGUGUGGUGGUGGAGGGCAAGGUUUUCAAAGCCCACAAGAACGUCCUGCUCGGCAGCAGCCGCUACUUCAAGACGCUCUACUGCCAGGUACAGAAGACUUCUGAGCAGGCCACGGUCACGCACCUGGACAUCGUCACCGCCCAGGGCUUCAAGGCCAUCAUCGACUUCAUGUACUCUGCCCACCUGGCCCUCACCAGCAGGAACGUCAUUGAGGUGAUGUCGGCGGCUAGCUUCCUGCAGAUGACGGACAUCGUGCAGGCCUGCCAUGACUUCAUCAAGGCCGCGCUGGACAUCAGCAUCAAGCCAGAUGCCUCGGAUGAGCUCGAGGCAUUUGAGGUGGGUGCCCCGCCCGGUGGUGGUGCGGACGCCCUCAUCUCCGCUGUGAUGGCUGGGAGGAGCAUCUCCCCUUGGCUGGCCCGGCGCACGAGCCCCGCCAACUCCUCUGGAGACUCAGCCAUUGCCAGCUGUCACGAGGGCGGGAGCAGCUAUGGGAAGGAGGAUCAGGAGCCCAAGGCCGAAGGCCCUGACGACCUUGCCUCACAGCCACUGUGGCCUGGCGACGUGGGCUGCGGGCCCCUGCACGUCAAGGAGGAGCCGCUCUCACCGGCCCACUUUGGGGGCAGUGAGCCGCCUUCUGCCAUGGAUGGCACCAUUCAGAACUCCUUCUCAGAGCAGACUGCUGGGGAUGGCUGGCAGCCCACGGGCCGGAGGAAGAAUCGGAAAAACAAAGACACAGUCCGACACAUCACACAGCAGGUAGAGGAGGACAGCCGGGCCGGCUCCCCACUGCCAUCUUUCCUCCCGACAUCCGGGUGGCCAUUCAGCAGCCGUGACUCAAACGCGGAUUUGACCAUCGCUGAAGCCAGCAGCUCGGACAGCCGAGGGGAGAGGCCAGAGUUCCUCCCGCAUGUGGAUGAGGGGCUCCUGGGAGGAGAGGGCAGCUAUCUAGGCGCGCCCCUCACCCCCGAGAAGGACGACGCGUUGCAUCAGGCUACCGCUGUGGCCAACCUGCGGGCGGCGCUCAUGAGUAAGAACAGCCUGCUGGCCCUGAAGGCGGACGUGCUGGGGGAAGACAGCUCCCUGCUGCUGGAGUACCUGCCCAAGGGCGCCCAUUCCCUGUCCCUGAACGAGUUCACGGUCAUCAGGAAGAAGUUCCGCUGCCCCUACUGCAGCUUCUCGGCCAUGCACCAGUGCAUCCUCAAGCGGCACAUGCGCUCACACACUGGCGAGCGGCCCUACCCCUGCGAGAUCUGCGGGAAGAAGUUCACUAGGCGGGAGCAUAUGAAGCGGCACACGCUGGUGCACAGCAAGGACAAGAAGUACGUGUGCAAGCUGUGCAGCCGUGUGUUCAUGUCGGCCGCCAGCGUGGGCAUCAAGCAUGGCUCGCGGCGCCAUGGCGUGUGUGCCGACUGCGCAGGUGGCAGCAGGGCCGGGUCCCUGGAUGGUGGCGGUGCAGAGGGCUCCCCCGAGCUGUUCGCGGGUGACGGGCCAUACCUGGAGGACCCUGAGGACCCACGCGGUGAGGGCGAGGAGGAGCUGGGCGAGGACGAGGAUGACGUGGGCCUAGCCCCCGAGGACGCGCUGCUGGGGGAGAAGGAGGACGACGACUUGCCACAGGGGCCCCACAGCCCCACCGGGGGCGUGGACAAGGACUUUGCCUGGAUUUCCUAGGCCAGGCGAGCAAUGGGCUGCGGCCGCCCUCACCUGUGUGUGCCCCAGGUCCCUUCCCCUGCUGCCCCCAACCCCUUGUGGACAGCAACCUGGGGCUCUGAGGCGGCCGCCGCCCCAGCUAGCAGGGCUGGGGACACACACAGGGUGGAGGCGCAGAGUGGGUUUGAGCCUUGAGAGAGCCCGCAGCAUCUCCCCCAGCUGGGGCACGUGGCAGGCCUCAGGGGAGCCCAGGAGGCCGGCGGCCAGGAAGGGGCAGCGCUGGCCAGGGCCUCCUCUGUGGCCCUGAGGCCCGGGUCUGGGGGCUGUUAGGAGAGUUCCAUCGACCCCAGCCAUCCAGGGCUGAGUACCCACCCCCCGCCCCGCCCCUUGUCAGCAGCAGAGGGACUGCUGGCGGCUUGAGGGCUGUGCCUGUGAUGGCAGCCUGUGGGAUCCAGGUUGGGCGUCCACAAAGGCCUGCGGCCCUCCCACCUCUGGGCUUUGGUGCUCAACACACAGCAGCUGCCGACCUCGGCCAGGGCGCCCAGGUGCUAUCUCCCCACGGAGGCAGCGGGGUGGUCAGGCCCAGGUGCUCCCACUGCGGGCGCCUCCUCUUUCUCCGUGUGCACUUCUCUGAGGGCCGGGCUGGCCUGCCCCUCAGCCCCGCCGUCCUGCUGCGCCUAGGCCACUCCUGCUGACCCUCCCGGGCGGCUUGCCUUCCUUGCUGCUAACGCCGGAGGGUGUCCCUGACGCCCAUGCUGCUCACGCCGCCCGCGGGGGCCACCCCACUCCCCAGGUGCUCUGGGCCCCAGUUCCGUGAGUCGCUAAGGGAACUGAGGCCGGCACGUGAAAUGGUUUGUUCGGCAUUAUCUUCAGAGUUGUCUUUCCUUUGGCUUCUUCCCAAGCCUCACUGUCUUGUAAAUGAACUCAUCCACCCUUCUCUCUCUUUUCUGAGGGCCUGGGGUCCCACCUCGUGCCGUGAGGACGCUGCCCGCUGCCCGUCCUCAUCAGGCUGCCGGUCCAGCGCCAGCCUGUCUUCCUUAAGGCUCAUGACACAUGCAUUCUGUCCCCUGCACCUGCCUCUCUUGGGAGCCCCCGCGGGACGCCGAGUCAGGGCCCUGAGGUGCUGAGCUGGGGCUGGAGGAGAGCUGGACUGGGUUUUCUCUCUUCCCUUAGCCUGCAUCGAAUGGCUUCCCUGUGUUCCUGCCGGGUUCCCGCUCCUCUUUCUAGAUGGAGAAAGGCAAAUUCCACCAACCCCUCCCAGGUGGCUGCUGUAGGGGUGGCGGGGGCAGUCAGGGCUGGCUGCAGGCACCUGGAUGGUGCUGUCUUUGAAUCCCUGCCCAGGGGAGAAGUCACAGCUUCAUGUUUUGCUUUGUUUUAAACACCAUCAGCCAUGUUUUUCUCAGAAGAGGACUGUGCUCCCAUCCUCAGCUGUCGGCAUCCAUGAGGGAAGGGCUGGCCAGCGGGGGCAGGAGCCCAGGGUGAGGGGGCUCCAGGGCCCGCGCCCACUUCUGCCUUUCAUAGUGGGGCCUGUCUGAGCCACUCAGCGGGGUUCCCCAUUGUGUACCUUUCCCCCACUUUCUAACCCCUUUUAUAAACAAGACUUACUUUCUUAUCAGAUGCAUUUGGAAACCAGACCUUUGCUACCAAGCAUCUCUGGGUUUUGUACAGGGCCACCUCUGCGCCACUCUCAGGGCCUGCCCACUCCCGCUCUGGACCACCCUGGCUGACCCCUCCAGGGCCCUCAGUGCCACAGGGGCGUCUUCUCCCUCAAAACGAUACUUCACUGGGAAAUUCACCUCCCGCCCCUAAGCCCCCGUGUUAAUUCUCGUAUGAACUGGAUUUCAGAGAUGGAGGCAAACAUGAAGGGAAAGACAUGUAAUGAUUUUUUUUUUAAUCGUGGUCUUUUUUUCUUUUUCCAAAGCAAUGUUUAAACUAAUAAAUAUUUUUUUAUGAAGUGGAAAGCGUGUAGAUCACAUCUCACAUUUUUGUACCUUCCCAUGUAUGCGUCUGUGUUCGGCGUCUGCAUCACCAACGUGGAAGGUGGGCCAUCAGGCGGCUCGUUCUUUGGGGUAGGGGAGGGGAGGGGAACCAAGAUUUUGUAUCAAGCUCUGGAUCCUGACGGGGUUGUAUGUUUGGACUCUGGGUUUGGGAAUAGUCACAACACUGCCAGGACUGGAUAGGGACCUCGAUUGAAAGGACACAGCUACUGCUUCCAACUUUGCACAUCUUCCUUUUUAGAAAAGAGAACUCUUGAGAAAAUGCAAAAACUGGAACUUUUUGCAAUAUUAUAUGAAAGAUAAUCUUAUUUUCGCUCAUUCUGUGACAUGUGCAACUCUUACGAAAGCCAUACUUAAUGGUGUUUUUAUUUUUAGAUCCUAUAUUGUGUUUUGUACCCGGCCCUUUUUAGAACUUGUAGUGAGGGCGCUGUGUGUGUGCUUUUCUUAAAUAUUUAUUUUUUCAACAUGCUUUCAACCUGUCAACAAAAACAAAACAGACAAAAAAGGGCAGUGUUUGAAGAUUGUUGAUUUUUUUUCUGGGGAUAAUCUAUAUUAUAUCAACUUUAUAUUAACGACUAUAAACCUGUGUUUGUAUUGGAAAUGUGUUUCACAUUUGUGGGGGGUCUUUUGUAAUCCGUCGGUGGAACAUCAGGGCUGUUGCCUGUUUCCCUGGAGCCAUCGAUGCCAACAGCACCUCCUCCCUAGUGGUCUUGAGAUUCCUUACCUGCUGGGUGUGCUCUGGGACCCCUGUGGGUCUCAUCUCUGUGACGGGAUUAGUUAGAUAUUCUUGCAAAGCGAUCACUUUCAAUAAAUUGGGAAAUUGCUGCUUGA